AUGCGCCUCACUGGUCCUCUCUUCGCCUCCCUUCUCGCCGUUGGUGCCGCUGCAAUUCCCGUCGACAAGGACAAUAACCACGACUCAGACUCGGGACUUUCUCGCAUCUGCCGAGGCCUCAAUACCCAAGACAGAGGCUGUGUCCGCUACACCCGCGGGUUCGAUGUCACCGGAGUCGUGACUGAAGUCGACCUGACCUUCCCGCAAGUUCGGAGCAAAUGCGACUGUAUCCAGGAAUGCUUGAACCGGCGAGGCACUUGCGCGAACUACGUCUGGAAAUUCUCUACUCCUGAGUCUGUGGCGUCCGGUCACCGUACAUGCACGCUCUACUCCGAUUUCAAUCUUCCCGCUGGUGUGACGCUGCAGUUUGACUUGGCAAGCCCGAACAACGUCAAUAUUAAUGCUGCAAAGAUUACUGCUCUCGGCAAUAACCCCCAUGCGGGAGCACUUGUUCCGCAGGCCUUUAAGGAUCCCAAUCUCAAUACCGUCCCGGAUCCUGAUGCUGUGUCUGGCCCGGUUUGGACCCUUGCUAAUGGACAAGUUCAGUGCUAA